AUGCAGAGUCCCUCUACGAGCCAGACAGGGUCUUCCUAUGGAACCACACCUGUGUUCACAAAGGGUCUACAAAACAUCAGAGCUACGAAGGGUCAGUUAGUGGUAUUUGAAUGUCGCAUUCGCGCCACACCAACCUUACAGGUUCACUGGUACAGAGAAUAUGACCCAAUAAUAGAUUCUGCAGAUUUCCGAAUACUGCGGAAAAAGGCUUGCUCAUCAGCACUCCCUGAGGAAGUCUGCACACUGGUUAUCACCGAAGCUUUCCCAGAAGACUCCGGGAUAUUUAAAUGCGUGGCUGAGAAUGAGUUUGGCUCAGCGGCGUCCAGCGCACGGCUCUCGGUCUCCCCAGGAGUGAAGGAGCUGGAAAGCUUCGUGGGUGCCACCCCGGUGCCAGUCGCCACCAAGAAACCCACCUUGCCUAGAAGCAGCCAGGUCCCCGCCACGGAGAGGGAUGUGGCGGGACCGGCACCCUACAGCAGCGGGCCGGAGAAGCCAGGGCUGGGCCGCCGAGCGGCGCCUGCUGCCACCUUCAGCCGGCCCAGCUCCGGGAGCGAAGCCGAAGACUUUCCUGGUGUUUAUGAGAAUUCGCCGCAGGCUUCACCUCUGCGGGAAAAUCCACACCAAGACAGCCUCUAUUCUGCAAGGCAAGGGUUCCACUCUAUCCAGGAGCCCAGCCAGGACAGCUUUUGUGGCCUGUCAUCUAAUUUUUACCAGCCACCCAUCCAAAACCAGUUGUCACCAACAAAAACCCAGGACAGUCGUGAAACCUCUCCUAUGAGUGUCCAUAACUUCCCAUCCGUUUCCUCUAUGUACCAACCAACUAUGUUUAACUACGAGCGUCCAAAACACUUUAUCCAGGCUAAGAAUAUGUGCCAAGGGCAACAGCAGCCUCCAGGAGCCACAGCCUCUACAGAGUCAAGCAGACAGAUCAAACAGUCCUCCAUCCUAAUACAACCACGUAACCCUAGUGGGCAGAAAUUUUCUUCCUCUUCAUCGCUGAGCUCUUCAAUCACGCUCUCCUCGCCUUCCUGUAGCGCCCCUAAGGAAUCCACAUACCCCGUCACACCUGCAUCUGCGCAGUCUCCUGCUAGCUCAUCAUCUGGCCACCGGCUUAUAUCCAUGCCUAACCAACCCCCCGCAGCAUUCCUGUGCUCAGUGCUACCCUCGCAGCCCGAAUUUAACAGCCAAGCUCCUUCUCCUGUGGAUCCUCAUUACUCAAAAUCGAUGUAUAACAAACAAGCUAGCAUCAAGUCUAUGCAUAAGACAUCAGACCACGAGAUUCGAGGAACAAAAGAGGCCCUCAUUCAGGACUUGGAAAGGAAACUGCGAUGCAAAGACACCCUUCUCCAGAAUGGCAACCAGCGAUUAACUUAUGAAGAAAGAAUGGCUCGCAGGCUGCUCGGACCAGAGAACGCCGCAUCCGUGCUAGAAGCUCAGGGUGAAGAGGGCCUCCAGAACGCCCAGCACCAGAAUGCAGAAAACAUCAGGUUGCAGGUUCCUACAACGCACGUAAGGAGCAGACCGUCCUCAAGAGGAGAUGAACAUGGGCAUGACUCGAUCCAGGAAAAAUUUUUUCAGCCUCGCUUUACACAAGUGCCUGAAGAUGUGAUUAUUGAGGAGGGACGGUUCUGCAGGCUCGACUUUAAAGUUAGUGGACUGCCGACUCCUGAUGUGAUGUGGUAUCUGAAUGGAAGGAUGGUUCACCAAGAUCAGUUCCAUAAAAUGAUCGUGUCAGAAAAAGGAUUCCACUCCUUUAUUUUUGAAGCAGUCAAAUCAUCUGAUGCAGGAACAUAUGAAUGUGUGGCUGUCAACCGUGCAGGGGAAUCUUCUUUUGCAGUAAAAGUUGAAGUAAUCGCAAAAGAGCAUCAUACUCCUCCAACUUUCAUCUUCAAACCACAAAGCAAAAAAGUUUUUGAAGGAGAUACAGCCAGACUCGAAUGCCAGAUCUCUGCUAUCCCAACACCCCGGAUUUACUGGAAAAGAAACAAUGAAAUGGUACAAUAUAAUACAGACCGAAUAAGCUUGUUGCAUGACAAUACGGGAAGGAUUUGCCUCCUGAUUCAUAAUGCCAACAAGAAAGAUGCUGGUUGGUACACGGUAUCUGCUGUUAAUGGAGCAGGUGUGGCCACAUGCCAUGCCAGACUGGAGGUUGCAACACAUGCAAACAAGCCGCUUCCAGCCCCAAAGCAGUUACGGGUUCGACCAACUUUCAGCAAGUAUUUGGCGCUCAAUGGUAGAGGACUGGAUGUGAAACAAGCUUUCUCACCAGAAGGAGAGUUUCAGCGUUUGGCUGAGCAGUCUGGACUAUACGAAAGUGAUGAACUUUAACUGGAAAGGAAGACUGAAAACCCAUUUGCACCUACAAGAGACACUUACAAUAUAGAUGCAGUUAAAUGGUGAUUGCUCUAACUAGCAAAAUACCUAGCUAUAUAUUUUUACUUUGACUCUUGCACAUUCUGCUGUUCCAAUUUUACCAUGUUAGAUUUUAUUUAUAUGGGGUGGUGAAUGUAACCCUUUACUGAGUAUUGUAUUUUAACUGUACAGCCCAGGAAAGCAGGGCCAUUAGUUUUUACAAGUGUGGGUGGUUCUAAUUACACCUGUGCUAAAGUAGAUUGGUUUGUACUGCUUCUCUAAUAUCACUCUUGAUAAUAUCAGAACUCUGUGCUGCCUGAAUACUAAAAUCCA